CGUUGCUGCCGGCGGAACGUAGAUCUGUGAUUAUAUUGUUAACAGCUAUUUACCUAAGUUUAAACGAUGAUCAAGUUUAUGUUUGUGUUUUUUGCAUCAGCCCUUCUAGUAACAGGCGUCCCCCUAUUUCCCUCAGAUCUGAUAGAUGCUGUGAAAAAUAACAACUGGGAUCAGUUCAGAGCACUACUCAACCUGAAUAGUUUCGCACGUGACUUACCGGCUGUUCUGUCUGGCAGCGUGGAAUCUCUGCAGCCCAGCGAUGGAACGCAUGUAUACGGCCACGCUGUUUCUGCGAUCAAACAAUGGAGUAAUAUAAAUGGGGAACAAUCGGAAUACAGCAAGGGUUUAGAGGUAGAAAACGACGAUGGUAAAGUUACAAAACGCAUUUUCAAACCUUAACGUAAUAAAUUAAUUCCAGCAAAAUUGCUUUUGCACGAUAGCUAAACAAAUUAUUUGGUACAUAAUAAAUGAAUGCAUAUACUUUAUUGCACACCAAAAAGAAAAGUAUAGCAAAACAACGUAUCCAAUUUCUUCCAGGCUAUAAAAGCAAAUACAGAAAAUAGGUCCGCGGUGCACAUAGACAUAUAGCCGUAGAAUAAUAUCAUAUCUCUCUCAAUAUCGUGAUCAUUAUUCUACAUUCCCUAUCAUUUGAUACCCAUAUUGAGCAAAUUGUGAAAAAAAAGUAACAGGCGGCCUUGGGGUUGAAAAAUGCCAUAGUCUAUAGUAUUCUACUAAACCUUUUCAUUUGAUACCCAUGUUGAGGGA